AACCUCAAGAAGUGAUAUAAAACAUUAUCCGAAUUAAAAGUCCCAACCCUUUUUAUUCUUUUGAUUGUUUUUAAGAAAAGAGAGCAAGACUAUGGGAAGUCUACAGUUGAAUGGUUCAGGCUUAGUAGCUUCUCUAUCUCAGAAUCAUAUCUUUAGCCACAAAACCAAACUUAGUCACCCCAAGUCGUCCUACUUACGCUCAAAACACAAUGCCACCAGAGCCAAAACUAUCCGGGCCAUAAGCACCGCACCAGCAAGCCAGCCUCCAGUCGCAGAUGAGCUGAAUGAUGAACCUCCUGCUGUCGAUUUUGCAUUCGUCCAUUCGGUGUUGCUACCGGACGGGACACCGGACGUGCAUUGGAGAAGAGCGUGCGGUGGACAGAAACUUAGAGACAUAAUGUUGGAUUCUAACAUCGAACUCUAUGGUCCUUAUAGUAAGCCCUUGUCAAACUGCGCAGGAGUAGGAACCUGCGCUACUUGCAUGGUCGAGAUUGUAAAUGGAAAGGAGCUUCUCAACCCACGAACUGACAUUGAAAAGGAGAAACUCAAAAGGAAACCAAAAAACUGGAGACUAGCUUGUCAAACCAACGUGGGAAAUCCAGAUUCAACCGGAUUGGUCGUCAUACAACAAUUGCCAGAGUGGAAAGCUCAUGAAUGGAACAUCCCUAAGAAUUUACCUAUUGAUGAUCCCGAAAGUUCUACGUGAAAGUACGAUCCAGUUGUUAUUGUCUAGAUCAUGAAACAAUAACAAUCGAGUUCAUUUUAA